ACAUAGAGAGACAGAGAGAGAGACAGUGGGGAAGGGGAGUGUAAAACCUAAGGAGCUUGGAUUCAGUAGUAGUCCAUAGGAAAUCCACAUAGCCAAGGCCCUACUUGGCUGGCCCGGAGCGGCCCACCAUCUUCCCAGAAGGCCUCGCGGCCAUAAAAAGUGGGACUGAGGCAGCCCAGGCAGCGUGUUGCUCUGUGGGUGGCCGGUUCCUCAGGAAGGCAAUGGACAAGCUAUGGCGUGUGAGGCCCCAACGGGUCUAUACCCGCAAGAAGAGGGCUGGCGAAAGGCUCAACCUCACGCCGAAGCCAGACCUGGCCCUCCCUGGGAAGACAGAGGCCCCGCCAGGUCUGAAGGAAAAGGGCAAAGAGCAGGGAUUGCGGAAGAUUACUGAGAAAGAGGAACUGAGCAGCUCACAGCGGCCAAGUUGGGUAAGUGUUACAGGAGGGGAAAGCCAACAAGAAAAUAGCCCUGGCAAAGAGAUCCCAGAGGGAAAGACAACGCCAUUGAGUGAGUCAGUGACUGGUGCCUUUGAGAUUGACAGCUUUUCAUCAAGUACUGAACUAGUUUCAGGACCAACUGAGCAGCAUGAUGUCUCCAGCUGUCUCCAGAGUUGUUCAAAUACAGAGUCAUAUACAAAGAGCACUGAAGAGACUGAAAGUAGCUUCCCAUCCCCGGAACUGUUCAGAGGGUCAGACUGCUUGGAUUGGGAGCAUACCAAGUUGGAAGAUUACAUGUUCUACAAGAAUUCUACUCUUCUAGACACCAGUAAAGCAGUAGCUGUAGAGAAGGUGCCACAGUUUGCAAACCUCUCUGCUGUUUUGAGUUCCUCUUCAGAAACCUAUGAGAAAUGCCAUAGAAAAAUAGGGAUGACAUUAGCGGCCCAACAUAUUUCUCCAGAACCAAAGUAUACUUCGAAUUUAGCAUCAGAAAAUGCAGCUUCUGAGGUUGUAUUUGCUGAGAAAACUGGCCCUCCAACAACCAAAAAAACAAAUAAAAAGCUUGAAAACGAAUCUGAAGAUAGAGAUCCAUUUGUUCAAGCAAAGUUGAGCUCCGGUCAUCCAGACAGCAAGGCUCUGCACUCCCCUCUUAGUUCAGCUCCUGAAAGCAAUGCAGUCAGCGAUGCUCUGCUGCCUCAGCCCCUGGAACUUGUGCUGAAAAAAGGUUGUAUUCUUCCUGAUAAUCAAAGCAAAGCCCUGCUAACAAGUACCCCAUCUUCAGACAUGGCUGAGUUUGUGAUUGAUUUGUCUCCAGUGCAAAAUGUAUCUUUUGAAGAACUAUUUCCAAAUGUCAGCAAUUAUGUUAACUCAAGUGAAAUUGUUCCUGUGUCAAGUUGGCAAGAAAGUUCUUCAAAUGAGUUUUCUCCAAACACACCAGAGAUCUGUUGUAUUAUUAGGGCAUCACCAGGAACUAGACAGAUGAGAAGGAAAGACACUGCUGUGAAAAACAGAUGUUCUCUUCCUAAAGAUGUUCCUCUAGAUAUUAUAAUGAAGACAAAUGACAGAAUGUAACAGCCGUGGCUGAAUUUUCACUGCUUUGAAGAGGUGAAUGUGAAUAUGAAGUCCAUAGAAGCAGAAUGUCUGCCUGAAAUUAUAUAAAAUUAAAAUUCUCUUAUUGUUUGUGAUAAACUGUGUGGAAAUUC